GUCAGUAUGAAACUUAACAGCCAGAUAUGCAAAUAAGUGUUUCCAUAAACAACUUUGCAUGAAGCUGAUGAAAGUGUUGAUAACAGUCAUUUCAACAGCUCCUCAGUCACAGACUGAAGGAGACAAAGGUGGAACAUACAACAAUGGAAAAGGUUCUUCUGAUCAUCACAGCUGCAGCAGGGCUGUGUGCUGUCUCAUCACUCCCUGCUCAUCAGUACCAUUUGGUUUAUGAACAAAUGAACAUGACUGAAGCUCAGAGCUACUGCAGAGAAAACUACACAGACCUGGCCACUAUAGACAACAUGGAGGACGUGAACCUCUUGAACUCCAUGGCAGAUUUGAGCAAAAUGAUCUACCCAACAUACAGCUAUUUAGCCUGGAUAGGUCUGUACGACGAUGUGAACAGCUGGAGGUGGUCACUGUCAGACAGAAGUUUCUACACACAGGAGGAGGCUGAGUUCAGGAACUGGGCCUCUGGAGAACCAAACAAUGAAUAUGGCAGCGCAUACUGCACACUGCUCGUCAGUAACGGACAGUGGAGUGAUGUACCUUGUGAUGUUCUCCGUACAGCAGUCUGCAUGGAUGUCAGAGGGUCAAAUGUCACAUUUGUCUUCAUCAACAAUCUCAUGACAUGGACUGAAGCUCAGAGCUACUGCAGAGCAAACCACACAGACCUGGCCAGUGUGAGAAACAUGGAGGAAAACCAGAAGAUAAUGGAGCUGCUACCUUCAGGACAAAGUGUCUGGAUCGGCCUUUUCAGAGACUCCUGGAAGUGGUCGGAUGGAAGUAACUCCUCAUUUAGGUACUGGAUCACAGGUGAACCUAAUGGGGGCACAGAGAACUGUGUGGCAGCAAACUUCCACAAGUCUGGAAAAUGGGAGGACCAGCACUGUGGUCAGAGGAGAGCAUUUAUCUGCUACAGUCCACCUGUCUCAAAGAAAGUGGUGAGAGUGAGGCUCAUGAAGAAAAGCUCCUCUCUGGAUCUGAAUGACCCUGCUGUGAUGGAAGACAUCUUGAGGCAGCUCAAACAGAAGCUGAAGGACAAGGGAGUGGACGGAGACGUCAAACUGAGCUGGAGGAAGCAGUCGGAUGGAAAGGUCUUCCACAAGGAAAAGGAGACUGAGAAGAAAACCACUAAGAAAAAAGAUGAACUUUAAAAUUUAUUGUCAGUUUCCAUCAAAUAUUUUCUUUCUCUUCAUCCUGUAAAAGAAUAAUGUUUUGUCAAAACAUAUUUUGCUGUUUUCUUUCUAUAAUCUGUGUGAUUAUCUUGAAUUAUACAGAUAAUUAUCAUAUGUCCUAUUUCUAUGACAUCACCUUAUUAGGGGUGUGAACUGAAUCAUCAUGUUGUGAUUGGAUAAGUGAGCAGUGCUUUGAGCUAAAAGCUAAUAUCAUCAUGCUAAUGUGCUAUUAAUGGAAAUGCUAAAAUACAACUUAUAUUCUUCUAUUGUACUUCUACAUAUUUUAGAUAAUCAGUAAUAAUCAAUAAUAUACCAUUCUGCAGAAUGAGUCCUUUUCCUUUUGAUACUGAAGUACAUGUUUCUGUUAGCAUGGCCGUCGUGCUGUCCAUGUGCAUGAAAUCAAAAGAUUACAGUAGAUUACAUUGUAUGACUGUUUCAUAAACUGUCGUGAGAAUGGGUUGACAAAAACAUCUGACAAUGUGCUGCAAUGUACUGUCAGUAACAAAGGAAACAGAGCUAAAUAAAGUGCAG